AUGUUUAUUCGGAAGAGUACGAAAGCGACGAUCGAUUGGAGUGAGAAACGAAGCUCGAUCAAGGAAAGUGAUCUCAUUACGUUGAGGCUUCGCAUUUUGGCAUUGAAGAAGUUACGAUUGUAUGAUGAUUCACCCUCUUCAGAUGCGUCUAUGGUGUGGGAGAGAGUGUCGGCCGGUUAUCGAAUCAUCGACCUUCAAUUAAAUAGAUACCUGCAAGCGCUGCACUUUGUACUAGUACAUCGUCGUCCGAAGUACAGCUUGAAAGAUAUUGAUAACUAUAAAACGUUAAGCUUCAGAUUAAUCAGAGCAGGAUUACUCGUGUUUCAGACCCAUUUCUGUCAAACGGAGCCGUUGUUCAAGGCCGUCGGUUUGUACGACGACGCCGUGUCCGUGAAGGUGUUCACGAACAAGGUCUUCGAACAAAUGGAGCAGGCGAUCAGCUUCUGUGCCCUUCAAGAAGGGACCAAUGAUCUUGUAGGUGUGCUUGUUGCCUCGACGUUUGAAAAAUCCCAGUGGUUCGUUAAGAAAGAGCAAGGAGAGACACUGCAUCAAAUUCUGUUGCUGAGAAAUCACGUCGUUGGAAAAGCUCGGUUCUACGAGGUAACGAACGCUGACAGAUUCGUGUGCGUCGACGUGCUUUGUGUGAAGCAUGAUCAUCAAAACAACGGCGUCGGCACCGCGUUGCUACGUUCUUGCGUAGCUCGGGCCAGCUACUUCGCCACUGCCUGCGUCGGACAAUUCACUUCCGACGCUGCCCAAACUAUCGCCAACAGGUUGGAUUUUCAAACGCUGUAUCAACUGCCGUACGAACAACUGUCCAAGAGCAGAUUCGAGAUAUUCCAGGCUUGUUACCCGGAAAAUUACUCCAUAGCUUGCAUGGCCGUGCAAUUGUCACCGUCAAAGUUCCAGUUACCGAUCACCUUCGACUCCACACCGACGAAAACUCGACGCGAAGACUAUGAGAAGCGAAGGAAGGCCAACAGGAAAGAGUAGGAACGUUGAGGCGUUCGAAUACAAAAUAAACGGCUUGUUACUUUCUAUUUCUAACAAUGCACAUUUCUGAUCAAACGUUAUC